CCAUCUUCUUCCCAUAACCCAUCUUCUUAGAACACCAUCUUCUGAAAACACGGGAUUAGGGUUUUCAAUUUGGGGAUUUGGAGGAGGAGGAAAAGGAGGGAGGGGGGAGUUAAAUCUGGAUGAAGAAGAUGAGGAGGAAGACGAAGACUCAACAAUAACAAGAACAAGAACAAGAACAACGAGCUGGGUUACUUGGAACAGUAGCGGAAGAAGAUCAUCGUCGAUAUCCUCUGCCCGAGGUGGUCUGUUUGUCAAGGGAGGAAUCGAAGUUCUAAGAACAACAAAUCUGGGUCGAAAUUUGCUUCUGAUUCUAAAUGUGGAUGUUGAAAGAAAAUGGAAUGUCAAUGCUGUAGGAUACCAUUCCCAUUUUGUUAAACUUCAGGGUUUUAUCCAUUAGAGUUGGGAGAUUGAAGCUAGCUAGAGUUAAGCAAGAGUAUUGCUGGGAGCUUAACUGAUAAUGGCGGGAUCACCAUCUGCUAGUGUAUCGAAGAAGACAAAGUCGAAGGAAAAACGUGCGAAGCAUAAGAAGACCAAGUCUUUGAAGUCACCAACAACAUCUUCAUUUUCUGAUGGAUCUCACUCAAAUAAGGGAAAGUCCAAAAAGAAAGAAGUUGAACCAACCGGGGGCCUAAAGUUGCUGAAGCGGCAUGCGGUGACUAUGUCACGCAUUACAAGCCGCAAGAAUCGUAUUCAGAAGAAGGUUGUUUUAUUUAACCGAAAAGGGACCCCUUGUGGGAAGGUGGCUAAGCAAAUGCAAAGCUACAUUGGUGUAUUGGCAAGAAGGAAAGUACCGAUAAUAAGGGAAAACUGGAAAGCGGCAACUGAUGAAGAGAAGAACAAAAUCUGGCAACGUGUUCAGGUUCCAUUUUUGAUUGGUCCUGAAGCUAAAAAAUUGGUCUUGGAAUCUGCUGCAACGAAGUGGAGGCAAUUCAAGUCUCUACUUACUUCCAAGUACAUUAUCCCCUAUUUGGAUGACCAUGAAGCCUUGCGAUAUCCUCCGGAUGAUUAUCCUUUCAUCCUUGCUGACCAUUGGACAGAAUUUGUGAAAAUGCGGACGAAGGCCUCAUUCUUGGAAAAGCGUCGUGAGCAACAAGAGAGGCGCAGCUUGAAUAAGUAUCCUCAUAGAAUGUCCCGUAAGGGAUAUGCAGGGUUGGAGGAUGAGUUGGCUACCGGAAUGAGUGACGAAGAAGUUGAUAGGGCCACUUUGUGGAUAAAAGGACGGCAAACAAAGGAUGGCAGUUUCAAGGAUGAGGAGUCAAAAAGGACUGCUGAAAAGAUAGCAAACUUGAAGAGAAAGGUUGCUAGUGGAGAACUAAAUGCUGAAGGGACAAAUGAUGUCUUGACAUUGGCUUUGGGGACUCCAGAGCAUGGGGGAAGAGUGCGUGGAAUAGGAGGUUUUGUCACUCCCUCUACUUACUUCCACCUCCCUAAACGUAGAAAGGAGAGCAUAGAAGCUACUGUCAGAGUUAGUGUGCAGAAAAUAUUGUUAGAGGAGAGAGAGAAGAUAGUAGAGGAGGCAAGGGAGAGGAUAAUUGAGGAAGCGAAAGAAAAAAUACUUGCAGAUGAGCGGGCUAUGUGGGAGGCCAAGUUUGCUGCACUUGAAGCAAAGGUAAAUGGAAAAGAAGGUGCAACUAUUCAGCCACAUGCAUCUGGCCAAGGAAGUUGCUCAAGGACAGUAGAUGAGAUUGCUCAAGAAUCGGAUAAAGCUCCGUUGGAAGAAGUAGCAAACAUUGUGGAUGGAACUAAAAUUCGGAGCAUUUUUGAAGCAAUGGAAAACAACACCCUCAUACAUAAAAGGAAACGGACAAAGAUCGCUAAGGAAGGUAGGUUGGAUAAACGUCCUUGCUCCAACAGAGGUAAUGAGUUUCCCAAGUUGGUUGAGAAAGCAGUUGUCAAUCGUGAGGAUGUCACUGAGGCUGUUGAAGAAAAUGUCAAUCUGACCAAGGAGCCGGAGAAUGAGGAGGGGGUAGAAUACGUGGAUUUGACGAUGUGUCCACCCACAUCAAAGUCAAAGGUAGCUGAGGUUGAAUGCAAGUUGGCAAUAGGUUCUGUUGAACAUAUUGUUGCUUGUGCCACUGUUAUGGAGUGCGAGGAUCCUUCCCAACUUGUUCAUGGCACUCCACUAGGGAAUGGCAAUGUGCGCGUUUCUAUCUAUGCCGCGCUUGAGGAGAAAGCAAAAGUGCCAUUUCCUGUGAAAGAUGAAAUUGAAACAGUGAAGCAGGCUAUGGGGAGUUGGAUAGCAUGGCCUAAACACCUAGUCAUAAAAUCACAUCUCAAGAAACCUCCCAAGGAUAGUGCUGAAAAGAAGAAGAAAAGGAAAGAGAUAGGGGAAGAAGACUCGGAGAUUGAAUUUGGCUUGGCUAAAUUGGCACCAUCAUUACCAGCUUCAUUAAAGAUGUUAUGUUUGUGGGGUGAAGAUGCAUUCAAAGAUGGGAAUACAAUCAGCUUCUACAUGGAGCCUGAAGUGUUUGGAUUUUCUCGCAAGACUUAUAUAUUGGGAAAAGAUGUUCGGCGAUUGGCAAGCAUGAGGGAAUUAACUGGAACAUGCAUUGUAGUGUACCAGAGGUACCUCUAUGAUCAAUUGAAGGCUUAUAAAAUGCUUGACAUGGUUGCAUUUGUUGACCCUUCACUUGUUGGUGCUGUGGGGUGUGGGAAUGGAACUGUCAGGGCCCAACACAUCAAAGAAAGGCUUGCAACUGCUAAACCAGGACAGAUGUUCAUGUUGCCAUUUAACUCGGGUGAUCAUUGGACUUUAACACUUGUUGAUCCGGACAAACAAACCGCCUAUUUUAUGGACCCGCUAAAAAGACGCUUACCCACAGGAGAUUGGAUGUCUAUCGUGGAAACUGCUAUGCGUAUGUAUAAUGCUGAAAAGAAAAAGCAAGGCCGCAGUUCAGUCCAAUGGAAAAAUUUGGCUGGCAUUCCUCCCCAACCUAGCAACAAGGAGUGUGGAUACUUUAUCAUGCGAUACAUGAGAGAUAUCAUUGAGGAUAAAGACAUGUCAUUGUUUCCUAUGAAGUGGGAGAGGAGAGGCAGCAGCCAAUACACCCAAGCAGAUAUUGAUCAAGUGCGAAAUGAGUGGGGAAAAUUUGUUGUCAACACAUACGUGCAUGAGCCUUGAAGUAGUGCACUUGUUGCUGGUACAAUUUUGAUAAGGAAAGCAUCUUUUUUGUGCUUCUCUGCUGGUACAUUAUUGUCACGCACCAUGUGGCAUGUUUUGGAACAAUACAUAUAUGUGUAUCAGCUUUUUGAUGUCCCAAGUAGAUGGGCAUGCACUAGAAUGCUUUUCUUGUUUAAAAUGUUGGCUUUCUUAUUUGGAAAUGCACCUCUUUUGCUUUUGAAGUUUAAAGUAUUGGUUAGAUUACUCAUUUGAUGGUUUUCAAUAUUCGUGUUUGAUGGAGUACUGUCCAUUUGGUAAAUAGCCGAAAUGAAUGCACAAUCUAAUUCAGGUGAU